ACUGCUCGAAUUCGAGAAAGAGGCAGAGAAAGAAAAUGUUCAAAUCGAGGUUUCAAAUUCUGAGCAGGGGAGAGGUCGAAGACAUUGAAAUCCUCUCGAGGUCCGAUGGUGGAGUCCGGGGAUUCGACAGCCUCAUUGCCAACAUGGGCGUCCGAACCGUGUAUCAUGGGCAUCGACGAAGCUGGUCGAGGUCCUGUUCUGGGUCCUAUGGUCUAUGGCUGCGCUUUCUGUGCUAUGUCUGAGAAAAAACGUAUCGCCUCCCUUCAGUUCGCAGAUUCUAAAACCUUGACGGAGCAGAAGAGGGAAGAUCUAUUUGAGAGCAUCCAAGCCGAUGACACGAUUGGCUGGUUUGUAGAUGUAAUAGAUCCCAGAGAGCUCUCUGCAAAAAUGCUAAAAAGGAACCGGCAGAGUCUGAACGUCAUUUCAUAUGAAUCAGCAAUGGGACUCAUUACACGCACUUUGAAUGAGGGAUACUCACUAUCUGAGGUGUACGUCGACACUGUCGGGGAUUCUGAGAAGUAUCAGGCUCGAUUAACUCAGAAGUUUCCGGGUAUCGCCUUCACCGUAACGAAAAAGGCUGAUAGCCUUUUUCCAAUUGUUAGUGCUGCCAGUAUUGUUGCAAAGGUCACCAGAGAUAGAGCCUUGAAAAACUGGGCGAUGACUGAGGUGGGAACAGACACAGGAAGAAAGUUUGGAUCAGGGUAUCCAGGAGACCCAGAUACCAAGACUUGGCUUCAAGAGAACAAGGAUCCAGUGUUUGGAUUUCCAUCAAUUGUGCGGUUUAGUUGGUCUACAUGCAUCCCUAUUAUUGCUGAAGGUGGUGUUGAAGUUUACUGGGAAGCGGAUGAAGACGAGGAUGAAAUGCCUAAGCGAAAAUCUCGCACGGUAGACGUUGAGUCCAGUGCUGCUUUGCGACAUCCUUACUUUCGAUCUCGACAGCUGCAACAAGUUACCACACGUCUUUGAUCGAAGACCUGGAGGUCUCCGGUACCAUACACAAAUUGAGUAUUGAUGAUGGCCAGGAAAAAAAAUGUUGUUGGUAUAUGAUGACUUACCUUUGACAUCUGCUGACGACAAGUGAGCCCAGCUGUGGCAAGUGUGAAACAACCUUACGAAGAAGAGAAGGAAGCAUGCUUCGAAUAUGGACAGUUGUUGUUCUUGGCGAAUAAAGAAAGCAAUUACGCACCUCCCUUGUCUCUACAUCUGAAACAUCUCCUCACUUUUACCGAGUGUCGAAUGCUCGCUCACUUCCCUUCAUAUCCUCAGCUACGAGGAUGCGCAGGAAAGGAAGCGAACAUCCGACACUUUUGGAGGAUUUGUUUACAGUUGAAAUACAAGAGCAGUACACAGGUCUUCCUCUCACGGUGGGAAAGUUGAGGCUUGAUAGCCAUGUGAUAAAUGUGUAUGCCUUGUGAAGAACAGAAUAUUGCCAUAAUGCAUUGUGUACCUUGUGAACCAAGAUCGAAGCAUCACAUGUAAAGCUUUUGAUAUGACGUCCAUUGCUUGUUUUGUGUAUCUACCUGCGCCAUGGACGUCCCCAGAUAUUUUGAAGAUGUGUACGCUGCUGGAAAUCUUUCACGACCUAUUAUAUGGUUUCCUGCACUCGUGCAAAGGUCUCGUUUUCACCGCGAAUUUUUAUUUGGGACUGUUCUUUGAUCUUUAAUGGUGAAUUCACUGACGCCGUUGAGCUUUCGAGGUGAUCUAAAGCUCACUCAAUGCAUGAGGUGUCUGCAGAUAGUUGUUUUGAUAUGCACUGUCAGGCCUAGUGCGUUGUAUGAAUGAAUACUUAUUUGUAUUAUG